UUCCCAAAAUGACGUCACAAAAUGGUCGACGCGUUCGCUCAGUAUAAAAACUAAAAAUUAAGGCAAAGGUUGGUUGUCCAAAAGGCUGAUCCUGCCAGAAAUUGUUUCAUUCGCGUCGGGGCAUCGCGGUGGCUCGUUCGAAUAAAUGCUACUUGAUUUGUGUACACAGUGACUGGUAGCUAAGGAGACUCGGGAUGGUUUACCCUGUUGUACAUAAGUUUGUGAAAAUGUUGGAGUCUACGUGUCCUGUUUUGCUGAAAUUAUUGUGUUUAUCGCUGCUGGUGUGCUCGGUGCAGGGCCUGCAGCUGGACAGCCAGGCCUCCACGCGAAGGCCGAGGGUCACGAAAUACAGCAGAACGACCGUCGCUCCGGGUGGCACAACGGAGGCGGUGACAGAACGGAGUAUAUCAACGGCGACUUACCGCCUGCAGGGCAGCGGCGGGGAGACAUGCAUCCUGCUUACAGUAGACGCGCUUAUAGAUAUCUCUUAUCUUACCAAGCUGAACGAGCGAGCGGACGCGAACACAUUCGUGCCGAACAACGCGAACGUGGGGGGUGUAUGCAAGGAGGGGGACGCCGAGCAGCUCGUCAUCUCCUUUAAGGACUUCACACUCGAGUUCUCGUUCGCUAAGACACCAGGCGGCGAGCGCUGGUAUUCCGGCAACAUCAAACUGAGCUACAACUCCAGCGCCAGGAUCUUAGAGCACGCUGCCAAGCAAGGACGUCGGGUAGUUCUGACAACCGACUCUCGAAAUCUUCUGUUUCCUACUCCGGUCGGCAAAUCGUUCUUCUGUCCUGAGGAGACGGUUAUAGACCUCAAUGAGGAUGAGACUAGUCCAGCCACCGCCCACAAAGCCAAGCUGUACCUCCGCCAAAUGCGUCUCCAAGCCUUCAUGUUCAAACGCGAUGGCGAAUUCGGUCCACCCUGGCACUGUUCGGACUCAGCCCGAGCGCGCUCCGAGACCGCUCCCGUCGCCGUCGGUGCUGCGCUCGCGAUAGCCACCGCUGGUACUCUGGUCUGUUACGCUAUCUGGCGCUAUUUGAAGGUCAAGAAGGUACAAUAUGACACGAUGGAGUGAAGGGGUUAAGUGCGUUCUGGACGUUUUUGUUGCUUUUUUUAGGGAUGUGCGCGAUAUCGAUAGCAAAAAG